CAUAGUUACACUGUUUGCUCCUAUCAUACAAGCGCCAUUUGACAGUAAACUUGGUUGCUGUUUAGUUCAGUUCAAAAUUUCAUUUUACUUGCCCGUGUUAAAUAAUAAUUGUGUGUGUUUUCUGGGAUAUUUAUUGUAAACAUAUACUUGGACAUAAAUAUUUCAAUUGAUUUUUGAUUGUAUAAUCUUGUUUGUGGAUAGUGAAUUAUCAAAAUGGCGACAUCUGCAUUUUCUAGAAAUUUUGAUUUGGUUAAAUAUUAUUGUUGUACAAUCUGCAAGAAAGAACGGUCUGUAGAAAUAGAUGCAGAUUUUUACUGUAAAACAUGUCUUAAAUACUUCUGCAGAAGAUGUAUAAACUCCCACAGACAGCAUGGUUGGUUGUUUUUCAAAAAAUCUCCUUAUGGAAAGGAUAAAAUAAUGAAGUGGCCACUUUCUAAGAAGAUGGAGACUUCUCUUUUAACAUGCGUCAUACACAAGAGUGAACAAAUAACAAAGUACUGCGAGGACCACAGUCAGCUGUGCUGCUCUAAAUGUGUUGAACUUAAUCACAGACUAUGCUUACAAGUAACUCCAUUACCUCAGGCUGCCACAGGGAAGUCAACCAACUUCAAGAACCUGUCUGUCAGCACGGAAAAUACUCUUUCACAAAUGAAACAAUGUCAGACGUAUCAGGAGGACAGAAUGAAGUCUCUUAAGGUUUCAUACAAAGAGCAUGAGGGGCUUAUUGUGGAUGGUUUGCGUGUGAAUAUAGUAUCUUAUUUACGCGAAUGUGAAUCCAGCACAGUUAAUACAACACAUGAACAUAUCCAAUACCCUAUCAGUGAAAUGCGUGAGGAAAUCAAAUAUUUAUUAGCAGAUUUUGAGAAAAGCACUAUUAAGGAGAAGAAAGAAGAGCUAAACCUGAAACAAGCUCCUCUCAAGGUUGUGAAAAACAGCUGCAUCAGGCUUCACUAUGAAUUGUUCCAUCUCCAUGUAGCCAUACCGAAAGUACUGGGUAAACCUGAACUCUCUUUUAUUGCCAGUAAAAAAUGUCUGGAAAAUAUACAAAAGUCUGAUAUAUUUUUAAAAGAGAACUUUCCAAACCAUGUUUUCACUGUGAAUGGGAAGUCUGUGCACAAUGUAAAAAUGCCAAGUGAUUCAUACCAAUGCUGGAUCACAGCAGUAUGUGCUCUCCCAAAUGGACAGGUACUGGUUGCAGACUACAAUAAUAAUAGAGUCAAGCUUCUGAACCAGCAGUACCAGGUGGUGAGUCACUUGGAUUUCAGGGAUGGGCCAUGGGUAUUGUGUCUUAUCACACCCACUGAGGUUGCAGUGGCUGUGCAUGAUGAGGUCCAGUUUAUCACAGUUAGCCAGAGCCAGCUUGCCAAAAGCAGGAAGCUUAAGUUACAACAUGAAUGUAGAGGUAUUGCCCACAACCAGGGUGACCUAUAUAUCUGCUCUCUUACUGCUCUGUACAAGUUCACAUUGAGUGGCGAACUGGACUGCAGACUCUAUGAAGAUAAAUCAGCUUAUUCAACAGGUAAGAAUCAUGGUGGAUUCAUCCUAAUAACAUAUGUGAUAUGUACAGAGAUUUUCUAGCUAUUUUAGGAAAAAGAGUCUGGUCAAAUUGAUAAUUUUAAAAUUGAUAAAAUGGCACCUUUGGGAAUUUUGUUACCGACUAAAUGGACCGAUUUUUUCUUAACAACAAAUAUUCGGUCUUUUCGAAACUAAGGGCAAACAAGAGUUGUCUCGCAAUCAGGUAGG